AUGCCGCCACGCCGGGGCUUGUUUCAACAGUCAGUGGCAGCUACUGCUGUCCUCUCCGCCCUCGUCGUGGGCCAGGGAGCUACAGCCCAGGGAACGUCGUGCUCAACUGCGAUCACAACCAUUCGAAAUCAUGCCGACGCCACGCCGCUCGCUGCUUGCAAAACCUUCACCGGAAACAUUGAGAUUCCCGGCGACGCAACCGGAGACAUCGCCCUCGAUGGCAUCCAAAACCUCGAUGGAUACCUGCUCGCCGAGUCUUCCGAGGGACUGAGCUCGCUGUCUGCAGACUCACUCGAAGUGAUCGAGGGGUACAUGUACCUGCAAGAGCUUGGCAAUCUGGAGACCUUGAACAUGCCCAAGCUUACAACCGUGGGCCAGCAGCUGAGGCUGGUCAAACUGCCAGCGCUGUCAAACCUCGGAUUCGACGCCACCAUCAGCAACUGUUCAUCUUUCGUGAUAAGUGACACGGCCUUAUCUAGCCUCAACGGGAUCGAUCCGGACGGCACCACCAACGGCUUCAACGCCACGUUCAACAACGACUUGGCGAACAUCACUAUGUCGGUGGCAUCCACGACUGCCUCCGAUUCCUCCACGAUAAUCAUCACCAAUAACGCUCCUGGGCUUCAAGUUUCUUUUCCGAAUCUGUCCACUGCGCAGAAAGUCGACAUCGAAAAUGCGACUGGGGUGUCUUUUCCUUCACUUACUACAGCAUACGAACUCGUGUUGGCAGGCAAUGCAUUUACCGAGUACAGCGCACCCAAGCUCGAGAGUGUGGGCAAUGACGUUCUGGGCAUCCUCGUACAAGACAACCAAGGCUUGACCGAUCUCGAAUUCCCCGUCCUGGUUCGCUGCGGUGGCUUGACUGUUCAGAACAACGCCCGGCUGCAAGACUUGACACUUCCAAAACUACAAACCUCGCCCCAAGGAGUGGUUCUACAGGGAAACUUGGCCAAUGUCUCGCUCCCCAGCCUCCAAAAAGCUGGCCGGUUCAUUCUUAACACCACUGCGACGGACUUCGACUGUUCGCCGUUCCAAGACUACAAGAAUCAGAACAUCAUCACGGGGGCAUUGACUUGCACCGCCAGCAGCCAGAACGGCUCGUCAUUGCCCGCAUCGACGCCCAGUUCCCAUGGCUUAUCAAGUGGCGGGAAGAUUGGAAUAGGCAUGGGCGUCGGUGCGGCCGCUAUUCUCACUUUUGUCUUCAUAUUAGUUUACUGUUGUCGACGACGGUGGGCAGCCCCAACGCAAGAGCAGCUGAGACGAGAAAGUGCAACCAUGGCGAACAUUGGGCACGGAGGCGAGACUCCACCGAUGUACGAGAGCCUCGCGCAGCUCUCCAGCAAUACAACGCGUGGAUCCACCGCAAAAGGCGAAAGGGGUGGAAUGUCGCGAGGCCCGGGCGAGCUGGAGGCUACGAAUCCCGUCUUUGAACUUCAAUCGAAUCGCGAGUUUGUAGAACUUGCAGGCGAUCAUGCCAGGAGAGGCUGA